CCCUCAACGUCACACGUCGUUAGCACUCUGCACGGUGAGGAACUCCUGCGUACCACCUGUUAUCCGUGGAAGAAACAGUUCGGUUAUCUUCCACCCGAGUAUAAUCGUAAUCGAGCUACGUUGCAGCAAACAUCGUACAUUAUCGGCUGUUUGCAAAGGAUCGGAACUCGCUUUGUCAGGAUCAAGCAAAUCGAUAAACGAAAAUCUCCCCCGUAGCCGCUGUCGACUAAAACGCCUGUUUACUUGGAGUCAUUCCUUCGAUUUUCUUCUUCUUCUUUUUCUUCUUCGUCGCCUCUGUCUCCGGCAGAAGAUUUUUAUCUGUGACGAGAGGACCUUGGACCCAUCGGACAGGAAUUGCACGAUCGCUUUCUAAUUUUCGAGAUACAUUCGUUUCCUGUGCUUGCAGACACAAUGACGCUUAUGAGCCUGCUUCUAUCUCUGUUAUUUGUCGCUAUGACUAAAUGUCAACCCAUAUCCUACGUGUACGAUGAAAGAGAAUUGUCUCGGGAUAAUCAUCCUCUCCUACUUCUCGUCGAUCACCGAAUUCCAGACUUAGAGAAUGAAAUGUUCGACUCGGGAAACGAUCCUGAAUCAACGGUAGUCCGGACGAAACGAUUGGAAUCAAAACGCAUUGGAUCGUUGUCGAUCGUGAAUUCCUUGGACGUGUUACGACAGAGAGUUCUUCUUGAACUUGCCCGGCGUAAAGCUUUGCAGGAUCAACAGCAAAUUGACGCAAAUCGACGUAUUUUAAAAACUAUCGGAAAAAGAUCAUUACCGCUUUACAACAAAGAUGUGCCCAAAGCUAUCGACUCAAGAAUAAGAAACGGAAUUGAUUAUGUCUUCGAACAGGAAGAGAAGAGCCACGAUCGAGACGUGGUGCCAGAAAGGAUCCCUGACAGAAUGCAGAACUGGCUACGAAAUGACGAUUCCGCUUUUCGAGAAAGACAAGACGAUCAAAUGCGAAGGAUCCAAGCAAAUGAGCUACGUUUGCUGUAAUCAACACAAAGGAAGAUCAAGUCACAAUACACUAUCGCUAUAUUACGAUUUUUUAUCUAACAAGCUAAUGGAUUGCAUAUAGUUUAUCUAUUAUUCGUCAUAUUCCUCAGGUUUUAUCAUAUAUAUAUACAUAUAAUACAUACAUAUAUCUAUACAUUUUGUGCUGUGCAAAAUUCAUAAUUUAAUAUCGCGUUUCAUUCAUGAAUUAUACGCAGAUUAUUCAUGUGUCAAGCGUAAAGUAAAUAUUAGCGCAUGAAGUUACCAGUAGUGCAAAAAGUUUAACAAUCAGAAUAUAACAGUAUUUUCUCCUAUCUCUUUUAUUUAAGUUUUAGUCGUCUUAAUUCUAAGUAAUUUUGUAGCAUCCAGAAGAGGAGGGAAAUAGAAAUACCAUGUGAAACAUAUGAUAUCAAUUUCCUUGUCUAUACUCGUACUUUUUUCUUCUCUAUACUAAUCAUACAAAACGAUUUAACUUUAGCUCUCGGACUAGACGUUUUACUAUUUUCUAUUUCUUCCUUUUCAAUAGCGCAAAAAAACACGAAACAAAACAGUAUUAUGCGUUGUGAUCCCUUAAAGUCUGCCCAACCAGUAAACCCCAGACAGAAGACAUUUUAUAUCCAAUUUUGGAUAUAAUUUAAUGUAAAUGUUUCUUCGUAUUAGUAUUAAGUUUUACGAACACGACGAUAGAAAUGUUUUAAAGUAUUUUAUUAUAAUUAUUUUGAAAUACGACUCUUAAUUAAAAUUAACUGCGAAGAUGUGCAAAGGAAAAACAAAUUGUAUUUAUCUAUUGUACAGUAAAAUUUCUUGAACAACCAAGUAUUCAUGUAAUAGUUUGGUAAUUAUUUCAAGCCGAACUUAGACGUUAUUUACAAAUAUAGAUCCAAAUGGCUGUAAAUUUGAUGUAAUGUAAUUAUUUAAAUAUAUAGAUCAAACGCUUUCUUCUCAACAAAUUUCACUCGUGAAAGAAAUAAAUGUAGUUAAGAAUAAAUGUUCCAUAGAACUAUCUCUUAAA